GCGGUACCGUGCGGAUGAAUACCAACGGCACAAGGAAAAACGAGCCGGCCAAUAUGAGGGAGACUAAAACGGAAUCGUCCUGUCCGCUUGAGUAGCAGUCUUUGAGCGCGAUUCGAAUCGGUUACAUGUCCCAUUGCGAAAACACGUGUGCUGCUGAAUAGGCGGGACAAGUCGGAUACGGAUACGACAUUACGACACAACGGCAAUUCGCGUCUGCUCCGACGGGGAAAAGUGGAAAUCAUCCCGGCAACAAGCUGCAUGCGCCAGUGCAAGUGCAAGUGCAUAACAGUAGUGCUUAGCAGUUGGUGAGCAUACUCUAACUCAUUAUUGCAGUGAAGGGGGAUGGGAAAACCGGUCGUUUGACACCCUCAAAGUUAUGAUUGCACACAGAGAAAGGAUGAGAAAAACAAGUGGAAAUAUAUGUCAGUGAAAGCGACAUUUAUGCCCCAUAACGUGUGGAUAAUGAUUUAAGUGUUUACGGCAAGAGCUCAUUACCCCGCGGCACUUGGGAGAAUCGACGGAAUGAAAUGCGUGAAGUUGGUGUGGUGUGAAGUUGGAAAAAUAACCGAGCCGAAGAGGUCGAUAUGACAAAUGUGCCGAAGUGCGACUGAGUGCUACUGUUGUUACAAAUUAGUCAUCAGGGGAUUAUACGGAUUCGGAUAUGCUUUUAGAGGAUAUGUGCUCGGAAGCUCCAAUUUUCAUCUGUCGCCGCGCCAUCUCAACAUCAGCAUCAUCUGGUUUGGCAAUCAGUAGCGGCAGCAGUGACAUCAAUCGUUCCGCUCCAAAGUGUGAUACUUUUGGAAUCAUAAUCAUCUACUGACGACAUCAAGCGACAGAAACCGUUAGAAGCGGGGAAGUGAUGUGGUGUAAAUUUGGGGGAGCUGUAUGAAUACAUAAAUCUUGUAGUGAUUAAGUGAAUUUUAGUGUAGCUCAGUGUUGAUUGGUUACAUUUUCCCUCGGUCCUGAUUUGCGAAGAAGUGCUUAUAUUGUUUCAAGUGACGGCAGUGGUGCAGUUUUGACCGAUAAUAUGUGAUGCUGGUUCCCCCAGUGACAAUGGACAAUAAAGUGGCUCACUGGUUGUUGGAAUUGUAUUCGAGCACACGCGUCAAUUGACCAUUAACGAAGCCAAAUUUUACAUCGAUAACAAUAUGAAUGAAGUGAGUGAGUUUGGUGUAUCAACAAUUUUAAAAAACAGUUAAUCGCUAGGUCUGACGCACGUAAAAUUCCCCGACGGUUGACAACACGACAGUUGAGCGGAAGAAUACAGCAGAUUUCAUAGCUAGCAUCGUACGAUGCAAACGGAUUCUUAUCAGCACAACAGGUGCAGUAUCACAAUAACACACUGUGCAUGUUGCAUCCUACAGCGCAGCUCCCACUUCCGACCAUGAGGAGAAACGACUACGAGUGCAUCAUCACCACCACCACCACCCACUCGGCCGCCCGUCGCCGUAAUCCAACAGGUGCAGAGAAAAAAUGUGUCAUCUUUUGUGACAAAAUCAACAUCGACGCUGCACAUAGAACAACAUAAAAUAGCAUUCAAGUGAUACGUGCCGUGCCGGAACAAAAGGCGAGAAGGCAGCGGUGUAAAUCCUCUCGCUCCCACACGGCCGUGAAUAAAAGUCUGCCGGAUUGUGUAAACACAAACGAAACCAGAUGACAAUUCCAAUACAUACAUGUCCUCGGGAUGUCCCAGCAACAGCCGUGUGAACAUUGAAUUCUAUGCUUCCGAGCAAAGGGCCUCAUGGGAACGCAUGGUUCCCCAGGAAGGCAGAAGGAGCAAACAAAGCAUUUUACCUGUUCCGAAUAAUAAUAAAUGCACAAGCGGCUAGGUGCAGUAAAAACGGUUCCACACGCUGAUGAAGUUUUAUCUAUGAGCUUCACAAUACACUCCCGAACGCUGGGUUGAGAAUGAAAGACAUCGUUCUUUAAUACAAAACGAGCCACGGCUAUAAUAUUCGUCCUUUGACGCACUAAGCGACAACGGAAAGUGAACAUUGAGAAAACGGGGGGAUAUAAAUGAAAAGCUGGGUGCCAGCGAAGGAAUAUGGCUGGAAGAAACUUAAUAAGCAACGGAUGCUGCUGCUGCUGUAAUCAGAGGCAAUUACUAGCUGUGAUACUUAUUUUUACUAUCGCCAUGGGAGCACCCUAUUCCGCAGACACCAGCUCGAUGUCGGCUAAUUACUUAGCCUCCACUGCACCGCAGGGCUUUUUCGCCACCAGAAACAAUACAAAGGUCACAGCACAAAAAGGUGGCACCGCAUUGCUCCCGUGCACCGUUCUAACGCAAACUGCAGCCUUGGUAUCCUGGAUCCGGCGGCGCGAUUUCCAGCUGCUCACCGUUGGCCUGUCCACGUACAGCAGUGAUGAUCGCUUCCUGGUGCAGCACAUUCGCCACAUGGGUCACUGGGCGCUGAGUAUCAAGACUGUCCGAGAGGAGGACGAGGGUCUUUACGAGUGCCAACUGUCAGUGCAUCCUGUACAAUCAGUAUUUAUCGAGCUAAAAGUUGUAGAAGCCAUUGCGGAUAUUGUGGGAGCACCGGAUUUACACAUUGAUGAAGGCUCAACGCUGCGGCUGGAAUGUAAAUUGAAGCAAGCUACCGAGUAUCCUGCCUACGUGUUCUGGUACCACGAGCAGAAUAUGAUAAACUUCGACCAACAGAAUGGUUUUUCGGUGAUGCCGUUUGAACCAUCCGGCAUAACGACGGCGGCUGCUGCAGCGGAUCAGCACCACGCACCAUACCACGAAGUCAGCAGACACCAUCUGCACCCCCACUUAAACCACCAACAGCUGCAUCAUCACCUGCAUCUGCAUCGCCACCACCAUCACCACCAACACCAGAAUGGAGGAAUCCUGAACGAGGACGAUGGUAGUUUUGGACUGAAUACACUCGAACUGAUGGGUAGCGCUGCACUGCUAGAUUCCUUCCCGGAUGUACCGGAAUCGCUGGAUAGUGACCCAAGCGCUUUGACCAACGGAAAUCCCGAGCUACAGCAGCAGCAUCACCACCACCAAUGGAUGCUCAACCACAGCGGAAUUCUACCGUACUCGCGCAUACUUUCACCUGCCACUAGCAUACUGACAAUCAAGGAAGUCCACUCGAAGCACGCUGGUAAUUACACAUGUGCGCCGUCAAAUACCACCCCCGCCAGCAUCACGGUACACGUGCUGCAAGGUGAGAAGCCGGCUGCAAUGCAGCAUGCCAACCGCAGCCAGCUGGAGGAUAGUAAAGCGAAAGGUGCUUCCAGUGCCAUCCACUCGCACCUCUGGCAUCAUCCCACACUGGUGCUGGCUCUUCCGGUGUUACUGUUUACGUUGUUUUUCUCCCAGCGAUUGCAGCUACCACCACUGCGGACAAAUCGUCGUCUCGUGAGCAGGUGAAAAUCAAACUACUCCGGCGGAGCCCCCAACAGCAGGCAUAGCCCUGAGUAAAUUAGGUUAAACGAGAGCAAAAAUAUAAAACUGUAUGUACAACUUUAGAAAAUAGAGUGAGCGAGUGCGGAUGAGCGCGAGGAUGCAGGAAUGACGACGGCUGGAGAAUAGAUCAAGCAACAAUAAAAUGUCGGAACCAUGCAGACUGAGUGGUCAAAGUGGAAUGAAAUGUAAAUUGAAUUUUAAGUUUCUAACAAUUUUAUACAAAAUCUUCCCUAUCUGCUAAUUUUAUUCCGUAAUCGUCAAUAGAACAGAGGCCUGGGCCUUCGAGAGCGAACGUAAAUCCAAACCAAACCAAAACCAAAAUGAUGUGAAUGUGUAUGUAUUUGUACAGCAAUACUCUAUGUGUUACAACAAAAAAAACUAAUCAUCAUAUGACGAGUUUUAAGAUGAUGUGUUUUAUUUAGAUAGUGCAAAAGUUUCAACAAUCGAAGUCAAACAAUAAAAAGCCAUGGAACAAACAAAAAUAUAAAUCAAUAC